AUGUCAGAUGAAAGCUAUGACUCCCUAUUCGACGAACCUUAUCCAUCGGAUGACGAGUCUAUGUCACGACCCACCACUGAUAGCUGUGAAGCCUCGUCCGCGAUCCAUGGCCAUCCUCAUGGAGGUUCGAUCGCGAUGUCCCACGCGGCUGGCAUACGUAUUCCUGGUCUGCAUUUUCAUUCUCAGCUAAAGAUAACGGAGGAAAUAGAAUCUUAUCUUUUGGCGAGUCUCGAACAGCAUGGCUAUUUUGCACGACCAGGUGCCAAUCAAAUCAUGCUCUUUGGCAGGCCUCGCGCCUCGUAUACUAAGCAAUCUCUGGCUCCACAACAGGAGCAUUCCGAAAACCAGUCAUCAGGGCUUCCUGACUUCCUUGAGAGGCUGGUCGAGGAGCUGGAACAAACACUUUCUGGCCCAGAAAUUCCAUCGGAUGUACAACGCAAGCUAUUCUCCCCCGUGCCUGGCCAAGCGAGGCAAGCUAUUUUGAACCGAUACAAUCCCGGAGAAGGCAUCAAACCUCAUAUUGACCUGCCAAAUCGUUUUGCGGAUGGCAUAAUCAUCGUUUCACUCGCGAGCGGAAUAGUGAUGGACUUUGCACAUGAAGUCAAGAAGCAGGCGAUAUCAGUAUGGCUUCCUCCUCGAUCGAUUGUUAUUAUGGAAGGAGAAGCUCGGUGGGAAUGGACCCAUGGAAUCGCAUACCGCGGGUCGGACAUGGUUGAUAUUACGGGGGUCGAAAUAGAAAGUAUGUUGGGUGCUGGUCAGUAUAAAAAAGAGGUGGCUGAUAGAGAGAACGUUAUCGAGAUACCUCGAUGCUUGAGAACUAGCAUCACUUUGAGAUGGAUGCUUCCUGGCGCGAACGUCGUGGGGGCAUGA